AUGACCGUCAUAUACCGACCAGGUCAUGACAACCCAGCUGACUACCUCAGCUGUCACCCUAUACACCUGCCACCGAGCGACAGAGAACAAAAAGUAGCAGAAGAAUAUAUAAACUACAUCCUCUCAACAUCAACCCCCAAAGCAAUGACAAUUGAAGAAGUCGCAACGGAAACCGCAAAAGACAAGACACUCACAGCCAUCAUACAAGCCCUCCUCACCAACAAGUGGUAUGGUAUUGACGAUGACGUAGAUAAAGCAACAUUCCAAACUCUGCAUGCCAACCGUGCUGAACUCUCACUAGCACACAACGACAGCAUCAUUCUCAAAGGACGCCGGAUAGUACUGCCCAAGACACUACAAAGCAGAGCCGCCCAAAUUGCACAUACCAUUCAACAGCAGCGAUUUCAAAGACUACACCUCCCUCACCGGAUUCAAACACAGGAAGAUAACACCCCUGUGGCCCCAGGCCAAUGCUGA